UAAAGUUUUAAUAAUAAAAGGGAUGCCAAAACUAGAGAAAAUAGAUAUGCAAAGUCCUUACAAUUCAUUGGAGUUUCUUUGUUUUGAGAAUUUGCAAAAAUGUCAAUAUUGGGAUACCAAAGUGGACAAUGAGCAUGUUGAAAGAUUCCCAAAACUUUGCCAACUUUCCAUUAUUGAAUGUCCCAAACUUACUGCAGAAUUGCUUGAUGAUUACCCUUUAUUGGAAGAUCUUAAAAUUUCUGACUGUGCAAAGUUGAUAGUUUCAUUCUUAAGUUUUCCAAAGCUCACGAAACUACAAAUUGGUGAGUGUAAGGAAGUGGUGUCCACUAGUAGUUCUACUAGUCAGAUCACCUCAAUUAAGUUUGAGCCUCUUCCAGAUGUCGCAGAGUUUGAAAAUUGGUUGAGGGAAAAUUUCAAUUGUGUUGAGAAGCCAUUUAAAUGGACUCAUAGCCUCACCUCUCUAGUAUACUUGAAUAUAGAAAGUUGUAGUUUCUCAUUUUUGAACACAAUCUUUCUUCCCAAUUUGAUUCAUCUUAGAAUUGAAAACUGCCUGGCUCUAAAAUCUUUACCAAAAAGAUUGAAACAGAUGAAAGUACAAAGAAUGGGAAUUUGCCACUGUGAUUCUCCACUAUUUAUUGCGAGAAACAUGCUGCCUUCAUCUCUAAAAAGGCUCAAGGUAUCAGAUUGUAAGAAAUUAAAACAUUUGGAGGGAAUCAGUUCUACUCUUCUUGAGUAUUUGAGUAUUCGAGAUUGCGAGUCUCUCACCCAUCUAUCAUCACGAGGAUUGUUGCCUAAUACACUCAAACAUCUUCAGGUUGAUUCUUGUCCAAAUCUCACAACAUUAUUGUCAAGAAGGUGUUGCGCACAUAAAAAACUUGAAUGCCUCCAUAUUCACAAUUGUCCAAGGCUGAGGUCAAUAGAAGAGGCAUUUCACAAUAGUCCUUGUCUUAAGAAGAUUGAUUUGGCUGGUCUUCAAAAUAAUGGACUGUUUGGUCUGCAAAGUCUUACUGGUCUUCAAGAAUUAAGCAUAGAAGGUGGUUUGGUGUUGCCGGUAGAAAUUAUUCCAACCAGCUUAAGGAGUCUCGUGAUUAAGAAAGAUGUUGAAACGAGUAAGACACUUAUUAGAUGGGGAUUGCACAAACUCACCUCCCUUAAACGUCUUUCGAUAAGUGGAUUUGAAGAUCCGGAGCUGAUUCUGUCGGAGAACCAACGAAUGCCCAUUUCUCUUGAAUUUUUGGAGAUCUUUAAUUUGGGACCACUCAGAUCCAUUUCAGACUUGGGCAUGUUCACCUCUCUCAAAGAAUUGAAAAUUGGGGAUUCGAACUUCAACUCGAUUCCAGACCUAGGAAGCCUGGUAUCACUUAAAAUCUUCUGUAUUUGGAACUGUCCAAAGAUCAAGUCAAUUCCAGGUUUCGGAAGCCACUCCUCCCUCGAAGAAUUCCGUAUUAUUUCAUGCCCAAAGCUCAAAUCAAUGGCGUGCCUAGGAAGCCUCAAUUCUCUUCAAAACUUGCGGAUUCAGAGCUGCCCAAAGCUCAAAUCCUUGCCAAGCCCGCCAUCCUCACUUCUGGAAUUAGAGAUUCAGAAAUGUCCAUUGCUGAAAAAACAGUGGAGGAGAGGUAAAGGGAAGUAUUGCUCAAAGGUAGCUCACAUCCCUUUAGUUAAAAUCGAUGGAAAAUUCAUCUUCAAUUCAAAGGAGGAAUAAAGAAGCAAUUCCGAGUUGGAAGAAUUGAGUUUAAUUAAUUGAAUUCAAGGCAUGAAGUCAGAUAAUCAUCCCUGUUUCAUUCAAGAUGAUUACCAAGCAGAGACAUUCACAGUGGCACUUUAGUCAGAUCUAGAUGAGUUCCACUAGACCAUUCAAAGGAAGAAACAUUUGAAGGCAGAAAUUUGAACAGUUUUGCAUCUGAAAAUGAAGAAUCAACAAGAGAAUUGUCUUGUUCAAUUCUAGUAUGCAGAUUUUGUUAUAAAGCAGACCUCUCAACACAGAAUUUUUAAAGAGUUACAGACGGAUGAAUCAGAGAAGGAAUUCGAGCUUAUUCUACAUCUCAAAACCGAAAUUAGGAAGCAAGUGAAUUGUUGAUUGAAUUCAAAGUUGGAGUACUCUAUAUGGAUACAAGAACACAUAGCUAAAAGUUCACUCAGGGUUCUACCAAGAAGAAUUUUUCAGCUUUUUUGUGCAUAAAAAGGACACCUUGGUUUCAAUGAUUUUGUGAUCACAAUGCGAAGAUGCAAGGAUAAUGUAACCACAGCAAGAAUUAAUCUUUUAUGUAACAAGGUAUUUCAUUCUUCUAAGAGCAAUUUCUUUCAGCAAGAUGAAGCUGAUGUGUUAUUGUCAUUGCUAAAUUGAUUUGUCAGCUUCCUUAUUUGUUUAGGUAUACAUAUUCUUCAUUAUAUGUUGAUUCUUUCCGUUUCAGGAAAGGCAGAUUCAACUUUUUGAUUUGAAAUCUAUGCAUCUUAUCUAUUGAAUCAAUCUAUAUUUGCUCUUUCAUGAAUAAUACAGUACAGGACACCUUGGUUUCAAUGAUCACAAUGCAAAGAUGUAUGGAUAAUGUAAGCAGAGUAGGAAUUAAUCUUUUAUGUAAUAAGGUAUUUCAUUUUUCUAAAAGCAAUUUUGUUUAGCAAGAUGAAGGUGUUGUGUUAUUGUCAUUGCUAAAUUGAUUCGUCAGCUUCAGCAUCCCAGCUUCAGCAUCCGCGUUGAGGUUAAUGGCAGUCAAAACACUUGAUGUUCGCCGAUAGCAAGUGUUUAAGAUAUUCUUUCUUAUUUGAUGUAGACUUAUUUGAUGAUUCCUGCCUUCCUCCUACAAUUUCCCUUUUUUCUUAGAGGUUAAUUCGUUUUUGAUUUAUUUUUUUACCUUUGCAGAGAAAGAUGAGAAAAUGGGUGAUGAAGAAACAAAAUUAUUGGCAGAAUCCAUUCCCAUUGGUUGGUGGAGAUGGAACUGGAAGCUAUGCUAAAAAUUCAAGGUGAUUUCUAAGAAUGGAGUGCUGAGAUGGACAUUGUUUCAAUGAACUGAUGUAUCACCUUGGCUGAAAGACAGGAAAAAUGUCUUGCAGUUCUUGUUACUGAUAAAUAGCUAAAGCAGCAUCUUUAGCUUGAAGAAAAUGAAUUGAUGUUGCUUGUGAUCAGUUACUAUAUAGACAGUAUGACUGCUUAGACAAUGUGUGACCAAUGUUAAUCUGCAUCCUUAUAAUUUCUUCCAUGGAUCAAUAAGAGAAUUUUCUCUUUCAAUUCCAGUAUGCAGAUUUUAUUGUAAAGCAGACCUCUCAACACAAGAUUUUUAAUGAGUUACAAAGAGAUGAAUCAAGGAAGGUUUUCUAAGGAAGCAAGUGGACUGUUGAUUGAAUCGGAAGUUGGAGUACUCCAUUUGGAUACAAGAUCACUUAGCUAAAAGUUCGCUCAUGGUUUUACCAUGAAGAAUUUUUCGGCUUUUUUGUGCAUAAAAAGGUGAAUUGAAAGUUACUGUGACUGAAAGAUUCAAAAUUUUCUUGUCCAACUUCAUUUAUAUAUGGACUCCAUCAAAUGUUAUGCUCAAAUUACGAAAUAUGGAUUUGCAGCUCUAAUGGACGCAUCAGAUUCAACUUUUUGAUUUGAAAUCCGUGCAUCUUAUCUAUUGAGUCAAUCUAUAUUUUCUCAUUCAUGAAUAAUGCAACACAGGACACCUUGGUUUCAAUGACUUUGUUAUUGCAAUGCAAAGAUGUAAGUAUAAUCAAGAUGAAGGUGUUGCGUUAUUGUCACAGCUAAACUGAUUUGUCAGCUUCAGCAUCUACGUUGAGAUUAAUAGCAGUCAAAACACUUGAUGUUUGCCAAUAGCAGCUUUGGAGAGAAAAAAGAGAAAAUGGGUGAUGAAGAAAUAAAAAUAUUGGCAGAUUCUCAUCCCAUUGGUUGGUGGAGAUGGAGCUCGAAGCUAUACUAAAAAUUCAAGGUGAUUCCUAAGCAUGGAGUGCUGAGAUGGACAUUCCUUCAAUGAACUGAUAUAUCACCUUGGCUGAAAGGCAGGAAAAAUGUCUUGCAGUUCUUGUUACCAAUAAAGAGUUAUAGCAGCAUUUUUAACUUAAGAAAAUGAAGUGAUGCUGCUUGUGAUCAGUUACUAUAUACAACGGUAUGACUAUUUCGACAGCCUGAGACCGAUGUUAUACAGUCUCUUCUUUCUUGUCUACUGUGGGAAAAUAUGCUUCAAAAUUAUCACCAUUGAUUCCUUCUACCUGUCAAACUAAGCUGCACCUUCUCUCAGUCAAAUCAAACUUCCACCCUGUCAAACAAGACUGCAAAUGCAUUCGACAAUAUAAUCCUUCUCUCAUUCAAAACAAACUUUAAUUCAAUUUCCUUUUUAGCCAUCUCAAUCGCCAUCACUUCGGACUUCUGAAACUGAGAAAUCAGGGGCACACUUCAUAGCGCCGAGAUGGGCAGUGAUCAGAUAAACAACUCACUUGAGCCCUUGGCCAUGAAUGGCGGAGAUGGACAAUACAGCUACUCCGAGAAUUCCACCAUGCAGAAAGAGGGAAUAGAGUGUGUUAAAGAUUUGAUCACCGAAGGGAUUGUGCAAAAACUUGAGACACAGGUUUCUUUCACCAAUUUCUCAGAAAAAAGUUAGCAUUGCUGACUUGGGAUGUGCUAUGGGGCCUAACACUUUCAUUACAGUACAAAAUAUCAUAGAUUCUGUAAAGCUGAAAUUUCAGUCUGAUGGGACCGAUUCACGCUCUGCUGAGUUUCAUUUCUUCUUAAACGAUCACGUUGACAAUGAUUUCAACACCCUUUUCACUUCCAUGCCUUCUGACAAGGAAUACUUUGCAGCUGGUGUGCCGGCAUCUUUCCAAAAUUGGCUGUCUCCAAAGGCCAGUAUUGAUGUAAUCCACUCCUCUUAAUCGCUCCAGUGGCUCUCAAAGCUGCCGAAAGAGCUGACUGAUAAACAAUCUCCAGCGUCGAAUAAAGGGAAAGUUUAUUAUCCAAGUUCAGCCAAGGCGGCGGUGGUAGCUUACAGAGAGCAAUUCAGAAAGGACAUGGAGUCAUUUUUGAACGCCAGAGCUUUAGAAUUGUUUCUGCGGGUCUCAUGGCUCUGUCAAUCCCAAGUGUUCCAGAUCCUCAUUGCAAGUGUGUUAUAACUUCAGUUUUUGACCUUCUGGGAUCUGCUCUGAUGGAUUUAUCAGGCCAGGGAUUGGUUGAUGAAGAUAAAGGCGACAACUUCAACUGUCAAUCUACAUUCCGACCCCUCAUUAGAUAGUCUCAUUGAUUGAGAACAAUGGCGAUUUCAUCAUUGAGAAGAUGGAUCCAUUGUUGACUCACCAGGUUACUGAUCUUGACACCAUGGUCAUGCAUUUGAGAACCUGCAUGGAAGGCAGCAUCUGGGGAGAAUUUAGGAGCAGAGAUUGUUGAACAAGUUUUUGAUAAAUUCAAGAAGAUUGCAGAGUCUGGUGUCCUCGUUGAUCCAAUCUACAAAAGAACAUAUGGAUUAUUUGUUCUUCUUAAGCGUAAACCUUACUAGAAAAUUGAAAGAGCAAUUUAGUCAAGUGAUUAAGUUGAAGCAAUAAACAUCUGCCAUGGUUUGUGAUGCAGUGAUGCAGUUUAAAGGACUUUUAUAUAUGUAGUGAUGCAGUUUCAAAGCUUGCAAGUUGCAGCCUUAAGAACAUUCUGUAAUUCUUCAGCUUGAGGAAAAGAAAUUGUUUGCUGCA